AAAUCCUAUUUAAACGCGCUAUGAAGGUGUUCAGCCAUAUCCGGUUCAGUUCAGCAGAGUUCAGGUUCAGUCAGAGUUCAACCAACUGGAAGACAUGCCGACCAAUAAUGUUUUCGAUGAACGGAUCACGAAGUUCAAGAACAAGGGGAAAGAUCCGCUUAAACUUCGUGAGAAAAGGAUUUCGGAAUGUGUUGAGCUGCGGAAAUCUCAGAAAAACGAGAGUUUUAUGAAGAGGAGGAACAUAACUCUUUCGUCUCUCCCGGACGAGGAGGCCCUUUCCCCCGAAGAUAUCUUCAGGAAUGAGGGUCGAUCCUUAUCCAUCGCGGAGAUUAUCCAACACGUUGACAGCGGCUGCAUGGACGACAGAAUUCGCGGAUGUCAAGUUGCUAGGAAACUGCUCUCCCGGGAGAAGAACCCUCCUCUGAAGGAGAUCGUGGACGCCGGUCUGCUCUCUCGCUUCGUGGAGUUCCUGUCCAUGGACGACGAGCCCACCCUGCAGUUCGAGGCGGCCUGGGCACUGACCAACAUCGCCUCCGGGACGUCCUGGCAUACACAGCAGGUGGUGGAGCAUGGAGCUGUGCCUGCCUUCAUCUCCCUGCUGAGCUCGCCUCUCCUGCACAUCAGCGAGCAGGCCAUCUGGGCGCUGGGCAACAUCGCAGGCGACGGCCCGGCUUACCGCGACGCUCUGAUCGACUGCCACGUCAUCCCGGCGCUGCUGUCCCGGAUCACUCCGGAAACCCCGGUGGGCUACCUAAGGAACCUCACCUGGACCCUAUCCAACUUGUGCCGAAACAAGAACCCGUUUCCCCCGCUCUCCGCCGUCCAGCAGCUUUUGCCGUCCCUGGUCCAGCUGCUCCACCUGGGUGAUAAGGACGUCCUGUCGGACGCCUGCUGGGCCAUCUCCUACCUCACCGACGGCUCCAACGACCGCAUCGACGUGGUGGUGAAGACCGGCAUCGUGCCACGCAUGGUCGCCCUCAUGGGCCACGAGGAGCUCGCCGUCUUGACUCCCGCGCUCCGCUCCAUGGGAAACAUCGUGAGCGGCUCGGACGUCCAGACGCAGAUGGCCAUCGACGCGGGGGUCCUGGCCGCGCUGCCCCGCCUCAUGACGCACCCCAAGGCCAGCGUUCAGAAGGAGGCCGCCUGGGCUCUGUCCAACAUCGCCGCCGGACCCGGCAAACAGAUCCAGCAGCUGAUCACCUGUGGACUGCUGCCCCACCUGGUGGCGUUGCUGAAGAAUGGGGACUUCAAGACCCAGCGGGAGGCGGUGUGGGCCAUCACCAACCUGACCAGCGGGGGCACCGUGGAGCAGGUGGUCCAGCUGGUGCACAGUGGCGCCCUGGAGGCCAUCCUGGACCUGAUGCAGGUGAAGGACACCAAGACCGUCCUGGUGAUACUGGACGCCGUCAGCAACAUCUUCUUGGCCGCAGAGAAACUGGGCGAGACGGCGAAGCUGUGUCUGCUGGUCGAGGGACUGGGCGGUUUGGACCGGAUUGAGAUGCUGCAGAACCACGAGAACGAGAUGGUGUACCAAGCGGCCCACAACCUCAUAGAAAAGUUUUUCAGUGCCGACGAUGAGAUCUUGGAGACGGAGGCUACAGAGGACGAGUUUAUUUUCCAGACGGCUGAUGUCAAGAAAACGUUUGAAUUUUAAAACUUGUCUUUUGACUGUUUUUCUAAAGCUAAUAAAAAAUAUUUUGUUAUAA